AUGGACUCUUCUUCGAAGAAGUCCAAACGAAGGAGUGAGAGACCUUCGUCUCCUGAAGACCUCAACCCUCCCACCAUCUUGAGGGAGCACGGACGAAGGGGUGAGAGACCUUCGUCUAGUGGAGGCACCAACCCUUCUACCAUCAUGAAGGAGCACAGGCAAAGGGGUGAGAGCCCUUUGUCUUGUGCAGAAAACAAGCCCUCUACCACCAGGCAGCAAGAACGAAGGGAUGUGAGCUCUUUGUUCAUCGUGGGCACUAACCCUUCUACAAUCAUGAAGGAGCGCAGGCAAAAGGGUGAGAGCCCUUUGUCUUGUGCAGAAAACAAGCCCUCUACCACCAGGAGGCAAAUACGAAGGGGUGAGAGCCCUUCCUCUUCAUCCUCUGAAGAAAAGCGGCCUUCUACUCCAAGGCGACAGCAAGCAUGGAGAGAUGAGAGCCCUUCGUCUUCAUCUUCUGAAGACGACCAGCCUCCUACCACCAGGCAGCGAGUACGAAGGUUUAAGAGCCCUUCCUCUUCAUCCUCUGAAGACAAGAAGCCUUCUACUCCAAGGCGGCAGCAAGCAUGGAGAGAUGAGAGCCCUUUGUCUUCCUCUUCUGAAGACGACCAGCCUCCUACCACCAGGCAGCGAGUACGAAGGUUUGAGAGCCCUUCCUCUUCAUCCUCUGAAGACAAGCAGCCUUCAACUCCAAGGCAAGAAAAAAGGGCUGAGAGCCCUUCGUCUUCCUCUUCUGAAGACGACGAGCCUUCUACCACAAAGAGGCAGCAACAACGAAGUCCUUUGUCCUUCGUAGACAUCAACCUUUCUACCACCUUUAGGCAGGAUGGAGGAAUUGGUGAGAACCAUUUGCCCUGCAUUAACAUUUACCAGCCUGCCAUCUGGUGGGAGCACGUACGAAGGGGUGAGAGACAUUUGUCUCGUGGAGAUUUCAACCCUUCAAACACCUUGAGGCAGGACGGACGACAUGGUGACAGCCCUUCCUUUACAUCUUCAUCUUCUGAAGACGACGAGCCUUCGACCACAAGGAGGCAGCAAGAAAGAAGGGCUAAUAGCCCUUUAUCUAUUAAUCUGAGUGGGAGAAAGGAGAGGGAGAUCAUUGAAAGAGAAAAGCAGCGUUUGGAGGAGGAGGGUUUAAAAAGAGAAAGAGAGAGGUGUGAAAAUAUGAAGAGAAAGAACCAGGAGAAGGAGAGGAAAAUAUUUGGUCUGCGUUCAAGAAUGUACAUUUGGUGGCUCAAUCGCAAGAUAGACCGCAUUGCCAGGAAAAUCCAAUCAACCCAUGUGGAUGAGCGCUACCUCCUGCGUCAUGGUCCCCUCAGAAAUCCAGAGAAAAUGGCAGAAAACGAAUGGCUGCUUGACCAAAGGAGGGAGCUGAUCGUGUACAAACGCAGACAAGAAUUUAAGUUGGAGAGGGAAGUGCUAAAGCAAAGACUGAAGGUAGAGAGGAAGGAAAUAAAUGUGAAGGAGAUGGGGAAUAUCUCUGAGUUAUGCUGCAACUCAGAUAGCCCAGAUAUGUUAAAUCUUCGCUACGGGCCAAUGCCAGUCAGGUCACGCAAACUCGGACUUGUUAACACCUAUCCUAAUUUAGCUUUGGUUAGGUUCUGGCAGAGACCUUAGGGUUAGGGUUAGACCCUAAA